AUGUCAAUUAGAGACGAAAUCGAGGGGAACCCGGAGUUAUACGGACUACGUCGUUCUGGUCGAGCAAGAACGACCACCGAGUCUUACAAAUUUUCAGAUGAUGAAGACGUAGUCCAAACCCCAAGAAAGAAAAGGCAAACUAAGAAAAUUGAUUCAGAUGAUGAAGAUGUCGAUCAUAUUGAUUAUGGGGGUAAUGAAGAUGAGGACAAUGAAGAUGAGGACGACGACGACGACGAUGACGACGAUUUUUAUAUUUCUGGUAAACCGAAGAAAUCUAAGAGGAAGCACAAACCAAAGAAAUCUAAGAAGACCGGUUCUAGAUCACUUACCGAUAAAUUUUCUGCACAAGCCGUUCGAUUCUCAAGUCGUAACAACUCGAAGUCUGUCAAUUAUAAUGUUGACCAGGGUGACGAUGAUGAUUUGUUAGAGUCUGAUCAAGAUAUUGAAGAAGAGGAAGGUGAUGAGGAGAGUUAUUACUAUGAAUAUAAUGAUGAUUCAUCUGAACCACAAAUGGCAAUAGACAUUGUUGUCAACCAUCGUGUCAUUGGCGACGAAAAUAGUUCAAGCGAUGAAGAAGACGAUGAUUUAACAUCAUUGCCCAGUAUAGUCAAGAGUGAAAAUUCCGAAUCUAAAGAUACCAAAGACACUGAUUUGGUUAAAAAGGAAAAGCAAGAAAAAAAGCUGAGAAUUAAAGAACUUUAUGAAAGAGGGGACCCAAAGACAGACUUUGAGUAUCUGAUCAAAUGGUUGGAUAUUGCACAUAUUCACAAUACCUGGGAGACCUACCAGUCGUUGAAAGAGAAAGGCCUGAAGGGUUUUAAAAAAUUGGACAAUUAUAUCAACCAAUAUAUCAUUUUAGAUAGAGAAUAUAGGAGAGAUCCGUUUGUCACUAGGGAAGAUAUUGAACAGCUUGAUAUUGAGGAAGAAACCAGGCGAGAAAAUUUUGAAGAGUACAAGAAAGUUGAGAGAAUCAUCGACAGUGAGAGAGUUAGGCUUGAUAACGGUGAAUCUGCCCUUAAGUAUUUUGUUAAGUGGAAAAGACUGAACUAUGAUGAAUGCACCUGGGAAUUAGCUUCUGAGAUUGCACCAUCUGCUCCGAAGCAAGUGAAGAACUUUCAAAAUAGACAAAACUCUAAAAUUUUACCUGCAAACUCUGCCUCUUAUGGUUCGAAUAGACCAAAGUUUGAAAAAUUGACUUCCCAACCAGCUUUUAUAAAAGGCGGCCAAUUAAGAGAUUUCCAGUUGACUGGUUUAAAUUGGAUGGCUUUCUUAUGGUCGAGAGAUGAAAAUGGUAUUUUAGCCGAUGAAAUGGGAUUAGGUAAGACCGUUCAAACAGUAUCAUUUCUUUCUUGGUUGAUCUAUGCAAGAAGGCAAAAUGGUCCUCAUUUGGUUGUUGUUCCAUUGUCCACUGUCCCUGCAUGGCAAGAGACCUUUGAGAAAUGGGCACCUGAUGUUAAUGUCAUCUAUUAUAUGGGUAAUACACAAGCUAGAAAAAAUAUUAGAGAUUACGAGUUCUAUAUUGGUGGUAACAAGAAGAAGCCCAAGUUCAACAUUCUUUUAACAACUUAUGAGUAUAUUCUAAAGGAUAGAUCUGAAUUGGGCAGUUUUAAAUGGCAAUACCUGGCUGUUGAUGAGGCCCAUAGAUUGAAAAAUGCUGAAUCUUCUCUAUACGAAUCUCUAUUUGAGUUUAAAAUUGCCAAUAGAUUAUUAAUUACAGGUACUCCGCUACAGAAUAACUUGAAGGAGCUUGCAGCUUUAUGUAACUUUUUAAUGCCUGGUAAAUUUUCCAUUGAACAAGAAAUUGAUUUUGAUACACCAAACGAUGAGGCAGAAUCAUAUAUCAAAGAUUUACAGGAAAAGAUCAAACCCUAUAUCUUAAGAAGGUUGAAAAAGGAUGUUGAAACUUCGCUUCCCGGUAAGACUGAGAGGAUUUUAAGAGUUGAGUUGUCUGAUAUACAAACAGAUUAUUAUAAGAACAUAUUAACCAGGAAUUAUACAGCACUAAAUAAAGGUGUCAGAGGUUCCCAAAUCUCUUUGUUGAAUAUUGUUGCUGAAUUAAAAAAAGCCUCCAACCAUCCUUACUUGUUUGACGGUGUCGAGGAGAAUGUGCUAUCACAGUUUGGUUCUAGUAGGGAAAAUAUUUUGAGGGGUUUGAUAAUGUCAUCCGGUAAAAUGGUUCUACUAGAUCAGUUACUUAACAAGUUGAAAAGAGAUGGCCACCGUGUUUUAAUAUUCUCUCAAAUGGUGAGAAUGCUAGAUAUUAUUGGUGAUUAUUUACAGUUGAAGGGCUUAAACUUUCAAAGACUAGAUGGUACAAUUAAUUCGCACAGAAGGAGAAUAUCAAUUGAUCAUUUUAAUGCGCCAGAUUCUAAAGACUUUGUAUUUCUUUUGUCAACAAGAGCUGGUGGUUUGGGAAUUAACCUAAUGACAGCCGAUACAGUCAUUAUCUUUGACUCAGAUUGGAACCCCCAAGCAGAUUUACAAGCUAUGGCGAGAGCUCAUAGAAUUGGUCAGAAAAACCACGUCUCAAUUUAUAGAUUUGUAUCUAAAGACACAAUUGAAGAACAAGUCCUAGAGAGAGCAAGAAAGAAAAUGAUUCUAGAGUAUGCUAUUAUUUCAUUAGGUAUCACCGAUAAGAAGGUCAAUAAUUCUAAAAAUGAUCCAUCAAGUGGCGAAUUAAGUGAAAUUUUGAAAUUUGGUGCUAGUGCUAUGUUUCAAAAAACGGACAACCAAAAGAAGCUCGAGAAUUUUGAUUUAGAGGCUGUUCUUAACCACGCAGAGGAUCAUAUAACUACACCAGAAUUGGGCGAAUCAAAUCUAGGGUCUGAAGAAUUCUUAAAACAGUUUGAAGUGACUGAUUAUAAGGCUGACGUUGAUUGGGAUGAUAUUAUUCCGGAAGAUGAAUUGAAGAAAAUCAAAGAGGAGGAAGAGAAAAGAAAAGAAGACGCAUUCCUGCAGGAGCAAAUUGAGAUGUCAAGCAGGAAACGUAAAGCUGCAAUCAAGCCUGAGUAUCAAAACGAUGAUGAAGGUGAAGACGAUGAGGAUAGUGAAGGUAGAUCUAGAAGACGGGGACGGAAACUAGAUAUGAAUAAAUUAACCGAAUCUCAAGUUAGGAGUAUCUAUAGGGCAAUUUUGAAGUUUGGUAACAUAACUGCGAGAAUAGAGGAAUUAAUUGAGGAUGGUACGUUGCCAAAUAAAAAUCCCGAAGUUAUGAAGAAAUGUUACUUCGAUAUUCACAAUAAGGCAAAAGAAUUGAUUCGGGAGGCUGAGGAAAAGAGAUUUACCGAACUCAAAGAACUUGAAGAAGCGGCAAAUAAGGAGAAAGUUUCCAACUCGCAAUUGCCACCAAAUGCUGAUGGUUCUGCAUAUCCUACUCCGAAAUUACAGGCACUUAAUAUGAAGAAGAAGGAGAAGAAAGCGGUUUUAUUUGACUACGGAGGAUGUAGAAACCUGAAUGCAGAAACAAUUUUAGCUAGACCAAUAGAACUAGAUAUUUUGAGGAAGUAUAUACCAUCUGAUGAUCCGUACAAAUUUAGAUUCAAGACUGACCCCAAGCCUGUCCAUGGUUGGACUUGUGAUUGGAAAUUUGAUGAUGAUAGAAUGCUAUUGAUUGGUAUCUACAAGUUCGGAUAUGGUUCUUGGAUUCAAAUCCGUGAUGAUCCUAUCCUCAAUCUUCAGAAUAAGAUAUUCCUCGAAAAUGCGCCAGCGAAUGCUAGUAAAGAAGAAAAGGAUCGAAUUAACAAGAGGAUCCCUGGUGCUGUCCAUUUAGUGAGAAGAUCUGAUUAUUUACUCGGGUUUUUGAAGGAUACUCUCAACUUACCAGUAGAACACGGAAAAGAUGCCAAUACUCCACCUGUUACAAAAAAGACAAGGAAGCGUGGCCCAAGCAAGAAAUCGCAAACACCAGAUAUGUCUGAUAAGAACGGGAAUUCAAGCAGUCAUGGAAGCACCGGUGAUGGCUCCAAUUCCUCAGCAACGUCGGCUGAUACUUCACAUUUAUCAUCUAGCUCCAAAGUUCCGACUGGGCCUAAGAGAAACGGAAGUAUCCAUCCAUUGCUACAACCGGUUGCUUCAGACUUGAAGAUUUGGUUAUCCAAGGGUAAAGGCUUGGACAAGGUUACUUGGGCAAAUAAGUUAAAGACCUCUUUGAUUAAUAUCGGAAAAUGCAUUGAAAAGCUCUCUCACGACCAACCAGCACUCAACCAAGAGUUAUGGCUUGAAGCUUGUAAAUCAUGGCCUAAAAGGGGUGUCAAAGCAGAAGACAUUAAACGUGUCUAUUUGAAAAAGGUUAAAAGCUGA